UUCCCCUCCUCCGCUCUUCCCAGCAACCACAGGAAAUACACCUGUUACUGUUACCUGCAAGAUCACCGGCCAGUGACAUGUCUCCGAGCCCCUGAUCACCACCACCCUGACCUCCACCACCUACCCGGGACAUGGGCUAUGCCAUCCUGACUGCCACCCUUCUCCUCCUAAUACAGUACGGCAGAGAAGGGGCAGCAGUGACCGCCAACAGCAACUCCACCCUUAAUGUGCUAACUGGGAAUAAUAUUAGCCUGAACAUCUCAUAUACUACCCCACCUUUAACAGUCACGUGGACGAUAAAUGGUGUGGUACAGGCCAUAUGGAUCAACAAUAGUAAGCCUCAAGUGUUCCAGAGCUAUGCCGACAGGCUGUCCCUUCUUGAAAAUGGGUCACUGCUUCUUGCAAAAUCUACAAAAAAAGACAACGGGAGUUACAUCGCCACCAUCACUGUGGUAGGGGAACCGCAGGCCACUCUGACUUUCCAAGUAAAAAUCUAUGACCCGGUGGUGAAUGUCACAGUGGUCCAGUCCCCUCAGGUGGUCAGUGGGAACACGGCGGUCAAUUUGUCCUGCAAAGCAUCUGGUGACGUAGAACUUGUCUCUUGGACGAAGAACGGACAGAUCGUGGGUAACAGUGACCCCUACAGUCUACUGGAUGGGAACUAUACCCUACAGAUUAAAAACCCAGAUUCCACUUAUAGUGGAAACUACACCUGCAACGCGUCCAAUCCGGUCAGCUGGAGCGAUGCAUCAUGGGGACUUACCAUUCCAUACACUCUUAGUGGGGGAGCCAUAGCCGGGAUUGUGAUUGGCUCGGUAGCGGGAGCUAUACUGCUCAUCCUUCUCAUUGUGCUUCUGGUGUUUUGUAUACGGAAGAGAAAACAUGCAUUAGGAAAAAAGAAGAAGACUGAAAAGCCGCAACAUAAAGAUGUUCUACGCACAGUUUCAGGAAAUACACUAUCACCAGAUGACCCCGCAUAUUUCACCAUGAACAACAUCAUGUAUCGCAACUCAUCCAUUUCAAUGGGCUCCUAUAUCAUGAAUUCGACUGACAACACGUCUGAACACAAAAGUCCUUCGCCCAAUCCUCCAAGUCCAACAAAAAUAAAGCAUGCUACACAAGUAUAACGGUCUCCCUGUACAUCGAGAAAACAUUCAAGGGGCUUGGUGCCAAAAUAUUACUCAAGGAACAAAGAGCCAAAGCCGCCAUCCUUCAUCAGAACGAGGCACGUGGAGAGACAGUUAAACAGAAAAUAUUCAACUGGAGUUUAUAAAUGAAGCAGUAAAUUAGAGGGAUUUCAGGGAGCAUUUUACGGACUAUAAUCCAGUAUUGUGGUCAGAUCAGAGAGCUUGGAUGUACAUGUUCACAUCCACUAUGAACUGACCGUCUAUUGCAGGGAUCUCCAAACUGCGGCCCUGGGGCCGGAUGUGGCCCUUUGCUUGCCUUAAUGCGGCCCUUGGGGCAUUAU